AUGACGGUUAUUUUUCGAAAAAUAAAGGAGCCAGAGAAUGGGACUGAGGGGCCGACCCAAGUGUUCACCCCGCUACACAACAGCAGGUCCUGGCGCGACACAAACGUUAGGUUGGUUUGGCUCGCCUUCUUCAACCCCUGUCGAGAUCUUGAACCCAAGCAGAAAGGCUACCUCCUGGCCCAAAGCAGACAAAGCUUUCACUACGCGCAUCUGGCACUUUGGUCGGAUGCACAAGGUGACUUUGAGAGAGUGGUGGUUGUACGAGCAAUCUUUACUGAGAAGGUUCCCCUGUACUUGUCUGACUCUCCGUAUUCAUCUCUUGCCUCGAUGUGUUUCAGAAACCAUAAGGCACGCGGUGAAUGCCAAGAGAAGGAUUCAUAUACAACCUUGAAAAUUUCUGAGGGAAGGACAGCUGCGUAGAUGUCUGAUUAUACGAAGAAUAGCAGGAGAAAUGAAACUUUGUUGAAUGCAUGCUUGAUUUUACAUUGUUUUUAAAGAUUUGUGUAUAAGCAAUCGAUUGUCACGACAGCUUAACGAUUUUCAAAGCCAAGAAAACGUUUCUCGAUCUUCAAAUAGAAAAGUUACAACAUUUUAUAAACACGUUUUAACUGUCAAAUAAUUAAAGCGUUUAGAAACAAAUUUAUAAAACCUCACUAUUUUGGUUGAAAUAUUUGAAAUUUUCGAACUUCACUUUCAAAUUAUUUUUCUAGGUUAUAAAAAAAAAUGGUUGAAACCAUUUUCAGCGUUCAGGUUAAGCCCAUGUGACAAUUACUUUUUGAAAUCUUAAACAUUCGACUACUUUUUACCUUAAUGUAAAAAUACUUCUCUAUACUAGCAGAAAGAGGGGUGGGAUUAUAGUUUGUGACUUUUUCCAGUUAAGUCACAAUCAGCUUGAAAUUGUUACUGUUCUAACGACUAUACGUAUUUUCAUAUUUUUUAUCGUGUUUUUGUUGCUGUUUAUGGUAAUUUAUUUCAUCAUAUACAACAGUUGCUGUUUAUGGUAAUUUAUUUCAUCAUAUACAACAGUUGCUGUUUAUGGUAAUUUAUUUCAUCAUAUACAAUACUCUGUGUCCACCACAUGAAAUGGAACCUAGAAUAUUUAUCACUCGAACAUUUUUCAAGGUUUCGAUAGAUUAAUUAUUGUUUUUUCUGAGUACAUUAAUACUUUAAAUUUAUGGUUAAAUACGAUUUCACACUUCAAGCUUGACAGCAGCAAGUAGUAACUUUUUGUGUUCCUCUUUAUAUGAAGUUAAUGUGGCAGUUCUUAUUUCGUGUGUCGAGAAUACACUAUACCAGUACUAGUCAUUUUCAAUUGAUUUUAUGAUCAAAGUACGUUAUGUAUACGUGUUUGCUAUGAACUAGUGUAUUAUUUUCCUGAAAUAAGUCACACUGUUGUAGUAUCAGUUCAUAGAAAAGAUAUAUGGUCAUAAUUGUAAGGCAGCCUCGCUGUUCUGUGUAGCCACGUGCUCUCUCUCUCGCUAAAUAAAUAUAUGUAUAUGCAAACAUAUAUAUAUA